AGGAAGAGCAGCGCAAGAUGGAACUAGAGGAACGGCGGCGGUUUCCCCUGGAACAGCGGCUGCGGGAGCACAUCAUCGGGCAGGAGAGCGCUAUAGCAACCGUCGGAGCGGCCAUCCGGAGAAAAGCAAAUGGCUGGUACGACGAAGAGCACCCGUUGGUCUUCCUCUUCUUGGGAUCGUCCGGAAUAGGUAAAACAGAGCUGGCCAAGCAGAUAGCCAGGUACCUUCACAAAGACAUCAAGAAGGGCUUCAUUCGAAUGGACAUGUCUGAGUUUCAGGAGAGGCACGAGGUCGCCAAGUUCAUCGGCUCCCCGCCGGGCUACGUGGGCCACGAGGAAGGCGGACAGCUGACAAAGAAGCUCAAGCAGUGCCCGAACGCCGUGGUCCUCUUUGACGAGGUGGAUAAGGCCCACCCCGACGUCCUCACCAUCAUGCUGCAGCUCUUUGACGAAGGCCGGCUGACGGACGGGAAAGGGAAGACCAUCGACUGCAAGGACGCCAUCUUCAUCAUGACCUCCAACGUGGUCAGUGACGAGAUCGCCCAGCACGCCUUGCAGCUGAGGCAGGAGGCCAUGGAGCUGAGGCGGAAGAGGAUUGCCGAAAAUCUGGGUACCGCUUUCUCCUGUGCCGAUGACGUCCAGGCGACUGACAAGAUCACCAUCUCCAAGCAGUUCCAGGAGAACGUUGUUCGCCCCAUUUUGAAGGCUCACUUCCGGAGGCACGAGUUCCUCGGCCGGAUCAACGAGAUGGUCUACUUCCUCCCCUUCUGCCGCUCGGAGCUCAUCCAGCUGGUCAGCAAGGAGCUCAGCUUCUGGGCCAAGAGGGCCAAGGCCAGGCACAACAUCACUUUGCUGUGGGACCCUGAAGUCAUGGACAUCCUGGCGGAGGGCUACAACCUGCACUACGGCGCCCGCUCCAUCAAGCACGAGGUCGAGCGCCGGGUGGUGAACCAGCUGGCCGCCGCCUACGAGCAGGACCUCCUGCCGCCCGGGUGCACCCUGCGGAUCGUGGUGGACAACGCUGAGAAGGAGCUCCUGAAGACCCAGGACAGUUCCCCGGCCGAGGAGGGCGGCCGGAGGGAGGAGCCGACCUUGCGGCUGGAGAUCGUCGAGAAGGACAACAAGGGCCGGAAGCUGGACAUCCAGGCCCCCCUGACCCCCGAGGAGAUGUCCUUUUCCUUGUAGGCCGCCCCAGGCUUCCCUGCCCCAGAGGGAGGGGGGGCGGUUGCCGCUGAGUUUUGGAUGGUAGUAAAGCACUCUUCUUGAGAGGUGGACGAGCCAGUCGGGAAGGUGGUGUGGGCCGCCAGAGGUUGCGGCGUCGGGGGGCUACAUCUGUGCCGUUUGGACGGCUGGCGGGACAACAGUGUCCGUGUGGAUAAGGGGAGCGGGGCAAGGUCCCAUCUCUUGCGCCAGGAAGUGCCUUGGGAAGACCCGGGAGCACGGCGGGGAGGGGUGGCGUUCGGGUUAAAGAAACGCGAGUCUGUCGUCGAAGGCUUUCAGGGCCGGAGUUCAUU